AUGAUAGAACAAUUUCAAAAGAAUCCUGAAGAAGCAGAAAAGAUAAACAUCUCAUUAGAAAUGAUGAUUUUGUGUGCGUCCAAAUUAAAACUUGGAGUUGAACGGUACUUAAAAGAUUAUGAAACUUUACGUGGCAGUGAUGGUUUUAUAAAUACAUUUGAUUCUGAAGAACGGUCAAUAGUUAGAACACUAGAAAUGUGGACAUGCACAGAAGGAUUUCAUUUAAAGAAAGAGUUUGAUAGUCUAAAAACUGUGUUUAAUGAGAAUAGUUUUUUUAAUGCAGUCAAAGAUAAAGUUAAUAUUAAUGUCGUCAUCAAAGAUGGUCCUGGAAAUAUAUUUGGAUUUCAUGUAUCAGUUGCUCCUUCUCAAAAAAAUUUGGCUGUAGUUGACAAAACUCAUUUUAUAUUUUCUAUUAAAAAUGUUGUUAAAACUAACCAAACGAAUCGUCAAUUUGUUCCUAGUAGAUUGAUCGAAUCCUUUGUCAUUUUUCAUAAAUCAAAUUAUGUCUUUUGUGUUCCUUAUGCUUUUGCAAUUGUUGGAAAUGGUAAAUCUGCAAUCUCUCCUAAAAUAUCCUCACUUUAUUUUACUAAAGAACAGAAACAAUUUUGUACUCCUGAUGAUAUUAAUGGUACUGUCCUACCAAAUACCUUUCCUGUGGAAUGGGUUAAAGUUUUUGUUCAGUAA